AUGUCUUUGUCUUCAACUCUUGUAAUAUCAUAUUCCCAUGGCUCAAAAGCAGCCUUAAGCUUCACUAUCCUUUCUCAUUUGUUCUUCAAUUCCCCAACACCACACCCAUCAAAAUCCCAUACGUAAUAAAUCUACGUGUCCUCGGAAAUUAUUCAUUCGACGAGAUUAUUCAUUUAUCGUAAACAUGGACGGAAUGCAUGAUCAUAAUUCGACCGAGUCGAAUUUUAUCAUGGUACCUGAUAAUUAUCCGAUGAUGACGAUGAUGGUACCGCCGGAGUACGAGAGGUUCCCGGCUCACGGAUCCGAUGAGCUGAUGUCAGCAAUGAGUACUUCUAGCCGCCGUGAUCGUGUUAAUAAUAAUUUUAAUAAUUAUAUUAUUAAUUCGUGUCAGCCAAGUAGCUUAGUGAAAGCUAAGAUUGCUUCGCAUCCUUAUUAUCCUAGGCUUCUUCAAGCUUACAUCGAUUGCCAAAAGGUGGGAGCGCCGCCGGAAAUAACGUGUUUAUUAGAUGAAAUUCAGCGGGAAAAUGAGGUUUAUGAUAAAAUUGAUGCGGUGUCUACCUGCGUGGGAGCCGAUCCGGAGCUCGAUGAAUUUAUGGAAACUUACUGUAGUAUUUUGGUAAAGUACAAGUCGGAUCUCUCCCGGCCUUUCGAUGAAGCAACAAGCUUCCUGAGUAAGAUUGAAGCACAGCUCGGUGAUCUCUGCAAAGAUGAAGGUGGUGGAUCAUCAGACGAAGAAUUCAGUGGAGGCGAGAUAGAUGUACAAGACGUGCAGACCAGAACCGAAGACAGAGAACUGAAAGACAGGCUUCUGCACAAGUUUGGCAGUCACAUAAGUAAACUGAAGAUGGAAUUCUCAAAGAAGAAGCAGAAAGGGAAGCUACCGAAGGAGGCAAGGGACAUGUUACUCGACUGGUGGAAAGUGCAUUACAAAUGGCCUUACCCAACUGAAGCUGACAAAAAUUUCUUGGCCGAAUCGACGGGUUUAGACCAGAAGCAAAUUAACAACUGGUUUAUAAAUCAAAGGAAGCGUCACUGGAAACCAUCAGAAGAAAUGCAAUUAGCUGUUAUGGAUAGUAUAUCUGGACAAUUUUAUCCUACUGAUGACUGAUCAUGGAUGAUGUUGAUGAAUUUUACGGUAAUCUAAUGAAUACUGGUAAUUAGUCCAUGCUUUCUGUAAAUUCUACAUUGUUACCUUUACUGGCAGAACUAGUGUCGUGUUUCUCUAAUUCAAGACCUGACAAUGUCCGUCUCUAGCUGCUCAUACUUCUUUAUGUUAAACAUGUAUCUAAAUGAACUAUAUUCCAAAAGUUCAAUGGAGUCCGUUAAAUGGAGUACUAAUAGGAGAACUAACAAUAUGUUUUG